AUGUCUCAAAGAGGAAGAGCAGGUGCUACUCGUGGUGGUAGAGGUCGUGGUGCUGCAACAGCAACUGGCAAAAGAAAUAGAGAGGAAGAGGAAGAGGAUUCAGAGCAGAGCAGUAGCGAGAGUGGAAGUGAAGACGAUAGCAGUAGCUAUGAAGACGAGUCGGAAGAUGAUGCUCCCGUUCAGAGACGUUCCGCUUCACAAGCUGGACGAGGAAGAGGAUCGAGAGGUGGAAGAGGUGGCGGUAGUAGUCAGGGCGCUGGUCGUACUACAACGACAACAACAACAACUACAACAACUUCAACCACAACAGCCAAUAAUUUAUCGACUGGCGAACUGAACAAGUUGGUCGAUGAAUUCGUUAGAUACGUACUGUUUAUCGAUAGGAAGAAGAUGCCGUUGACACGUGCCGAUAUAGUUGCGAAAGUACUGAGUAGCUAUCGUGAUAAGCGAAUCAUUACCAAUGUCUUUGCCAGAGGACGUUCCAAGCUGAAGGAUGUCUUUGGCUACGAGUUGAUCGACGUCAAGAAGGAGAAGGUCGUCGGUUCCGAGCAGAAAGAACCAGCGAGUUCCACUACUUUUCUCCUGAAGAAUACACUGCCGUUGGAGCUGUUGAAUCAGAUCGCGCAGAUCGAUCCUAUCACCUCGAAGGAACUGACGUUGAAUCAUCAGCAGAAAGCGCUGCUCACUAUCAUCUUGGCGAUCAUCUUGCUGGAGUGUGGAUUCAUCGAUUCCGAUCAGCUCUACGUCUACCUGGGACGACUUGGAUUCGAAGUUGGACAUCAACACGUCGUUUUCGGCGAUUGGGAGAAGCUAAUAGAUAAAUUCGUGAAGGAGUUGUAUUUGACGCGAAAGAAGACAGAGAAGGACAGAGUAGCGGUGUUCCAAUAUCGGUUUGGACCACGUGCUUUUGCAGAGACGUCGAAAAAGAAUAUUAUUAGAGUCGUAGGUGAUAUCUAUGGUGUCGAGGAGAUCGAUCCAAUGAUUUUGAAGCAACUGGAGAUCGACGAUGGCGAGAACGAACAGCAAGACGACGAAGAAGAACAGGAAUUCAUACCAAUUGUAACAAGACCAUCACAAAGAACACAACAAUCAUCACAACAAUCGCAACCACAACAUCAACAACUUCGAUCAAAUUCACAACAAUAUCCAGACCAAAUCGAUUUUUUCAUUAGUAACAGUGAUGAAAUUUCCCAAAUUUUAGUAUUAGUUGCUGAUCAAUUAAAAAUUUCAACCAUUAAUCAAUGA